AUGCUGAAUCUUCAAGCUAAGUUACAACAAAAAAAGGUUCCUCUUUUAACAUACUUUUCCCCACACCAAACACACUCACUCAAUCAUGAACUUCUUUUUCCUCCCGUCCCUGUAAUUAAAAAAAAGUUGUCUUUGAAGAAGAAGAGAAAAUAUACACUCAAAACCAUAUUCAAGCCCAUUUGUAUGGCAUGCAGUUGCGGCUCUACCGUUCGGCCUUCAUCUCACAGCUACUACACCCCGCGACCACAAGUUUCUCCCACGGUGUUACGCAGCCCAUGUCCUAAGAUUGACAAGAGCGUCGCAAUGGCUAAGGAAUCAAUCAACCCAUUCCAAGAUUACAAGAACUCAAUGAACCAGAUGAUUGACGAGAGAGAUAUCGAAACAGAAGAUGAUCUGAAGCAGCUUCUUAGGUGUUUCUUGGACAUAAACCCUCCUCCUCAUCACAAUCUCAUCGUAAGGGCUUUUGUGGACAUCUGUUCACAUCUUCCGCCACCACACGACCGCCGUGGAAAGUCACUCGGAAGACUGCUUCGUCUUUAUGUCACUCUUGAUAAUAAUGAUGAUGUUUGACAUCAAACCUCUUCAUCUAAGACGAGAAACUGAUCGUCCUCAUGAAUAUAUGUUACACUAUUGUGAAUAAUUAAAUUUUACUUAAGAUAUCUAUUCAUAUCCAUGUUUUAUGAUUCAACCAUGGAAGACUAUGUGUGAAGCAUUAAAAAAAAAAAAAAUCAAAUGUGCACUAUGCAAGCUGUUUUGCGACUAUAUAUUAAAAAUCGAUUUAUAUUUGUAUUGUUAAAUUGAGUAAUAAAUGAAUCAAAUGUGCAUAUUAUGCUGUA